AUGCCGUCGGCGGCCCCAGAGCCAGAGCUCGAGCCCAGAUCGUGCGAUGGUCUCCAUCUCCAUGCCUCGUGGGAUGGCUCGGCUGUGGACCUGGACCUGUACGAGUACGGUUUCGCCUCCACCAUUCCCCAGCGUGAUAGCGACAUGGACAUGGCCGGUUACGACUGGCUGGAGCAGUCAGGAUUUGCCUUGGAUGACGGGAGCACGUUUGAAAUGGGCCGAUUGGACCUGGCGCCAUGGUCCCAUCUACCACCCCCGACAGCCGAGGCGAGACGGCCCCCUGACGACAUGGCCGCGAUCAAUAACACCUUGGCCAGUCAUAUCAUCAGGAGCAGCAACGCUGCCACUGCCACGACCGGCCAACGACUCACAGCCCUGGUAUCCGAGAUCCAGCAGCAGCUACGGAGAUUGGAGGAGGGUCCGUGGCACACGGACAGCACCCACAGCCUGCACGACUACCCAGUUGGCACCAUUCUCGAGCUCUCGCAGCAGUUCAGCGCCAUCGCAGGGUCUAUCCUAAGUAGCACCGUCUGCACCAGUGGUGGGAUGGAGGAGGCCGUCAGCGACGAGGACAAUGACAACAGCGAGAGGACGGCUGGCUGCGCCACUGCAGACACGCCGACGAUGCUGCUCAUCAUGUGCGGCUACAUUUGGCUGGUACGAAUCUACGGCAUCGUGAUGGGCCACUUUCACAAGCACCUGGACCGAAUGCCUACCGGCGAUCCCCGCCAUCUUAUUAGGACAACUGCGGGUGUUAUCAGCCCCAUCGCCAGUGGUGUAAGCACCAAGCUUCGGCUAGGCGAACUCCCCUGUACAGAUGUGGCCCUGAGUCUGCAGCAGAUUCACACAGCGGUGCGCAUGCUGCUUGACGUGCUACAUGAGAUCGAGGGCCACUUGGGGCGUGGGGCCGUAGCAGCUUGCGACAUGGCCGUGGCGUUGCUGCUUAACUCUGGGAGGCCCCAAAAUGGCAGCUCCCGCGGCCUGGGCAUCAAGGCAGCCGCAGUGAAGAAGCUUCUGAGGGAGAAGAUGGGUCUUUGA